AUGGGAAGAAAGAGUGGACAAUACCAGGUCGCCAAGCUGUCACUCAAAUUUGCACGUGCUCGAAAAGAAGGAGAAGAAAUGUUUGAGUUUGAAGACUUGCCUCGUAAGUAUAUCACCAAAAUGAGUAAUGGAAUUCGCAUGACAAUCAAAGCAUCAGAUGUUCCUUCAAUAUGGAUUGAGUGGAUUCGUUGGAAAAGUGCAGAGUAG